AUGGCAAUCGAUACCUCGGUCUCCAAGUCCGUGGAUGUCGUUGCAGAGCCCAUUCACGAUGUCCGCACACCCGAAGAGUCUGAAGAUAAAUCAGACGAUGGAAAAAAGCCGCCUCCACUGGUAGCUAAGCUAUGCGCCGUCAUUCUGAUCUCCUGCAUUAGUUUUGGCUCGCACUGGAGUUCUGGUGUCACAGGUGCCAUGAAGAGCACUAUCAAAAAGAAAAUGCACAUCGACAAUACCGAGUUCUCACUGUUGGAAGCAAGCGAGAAUUUCAUGGCCACGGUCCUGCUUUUGAUCAGUGGUGUGAUCACCGACCGAGUUGGAGGUGCCGAAAUGAUCGUUUACGGCAACGUCGUCUAUACCAUCGGAUCCAUCCUCGUCGCCGCUGCCACCACUGUGCGCUCCUUCAAGUUCAUGAUCGGAGGUCGUAUCGUUCUUGCGUUGGGCGAUAUCGCAACACAGAUCGCUCAGUACAAGAUGUUCUCUUCGUGGUUCCCUCCGAGUAAUGGAUUCGCAUCCACGCUAGGAUUUGAACUUGCGAUCGGUAAAAUCGGAGGAUUUGUUGGCAAGUCCACGGCCAAUAUCAUCGCAAAGAAAACUGGAAAUUUUGCCUGGGUCUUCUGGACAUCAGUUUUCAUGAACCUUUUCACCAACUUCGCGAGUGCAGCAUUCUGGUUCUUUAACAAGUACUGUAACCGCCACUACAAGGGACGUCGCGAUGCCGCAACGAAGGAGCAGUUGACCGAGAAGAACAAAAAGUUCGAACUUCAAAAGAUGUUCGAGCUUCCUUGGAUGUUCUGGGCUGUCAUGGCAUUCUCUAUCUUCCAAACUAGUGCAGCUUCCGUCUUCGCCCAAAAUGCCACUGAAUUGGCAGAGCAAAGAUUCAAUGUCGACUCCAUCAAGGCUGGAUGGUACAGUUCGUUAUCGCAAUAUGCUGGCUUCUUCCUCGUGCCCUGCUUGGGCGUGUUCAUCGAUGUCCUCGGAAACCGAGCAUCUGUCUUAUGCGCCUGUGGUGUCGGUAUGAUGCUGAGCAUGGUUCUCAUCAACUUUGCAACUUCCAAGGCUGGAACGGGAGCCGCAUUUGGCAUCUACGCCAUUGCCGUGUCUCUCGGACCGACCUCGGUCAUUGACAGUAUUCGAACCACGCUCUGGCACCAAUCCGUGUUUGGCUCUGCGUAUGCGUUGAAGGUGACCAUGAACAAUGCAAUGAGCAUUAUCAUCCGAAUUAUCACCGGAGCACUUCAGGAUGCCGACGACAACUCAUACCGUCGCGUGGUGCAGGUGUAUCUAGUUCUCGGAGCUGGUGCCACUCUAGUCGGUCUGGCUAUCUUGGUUGGCACAUUCUUGACCGACAACCUGGCGCUGUUGCAGUGGACCCGAAAGAAGCGGUUGACAUCGGGAGCGGAAAUCAUCGAGCGGAUUCGAGAGCAGAGUCUGGUCACCAAUUGGCGUCGUACUCGCACCACCUCCAUGGUCGCCUUUGGAGCUUUGAUUCUGUUGACACUCGGAUCAUGGGUGGCAUAUAUCUGGGGCGCGGUGACACGAAACAAUUCGUAG